UAUCGGCACCCUUCAAUUAUCUGCGCCGCCCGUUAACGCAGUAUGAACUGGAUAUGUUUGAAGUCAUGAGAAACCAGGAUACUGAUCUUUCAAGAAGAAUAAGGGAUGAAAACUUCAGUCAUAAAUCUGCACGUGAAGCUAUUCAUUUUCUGAAUCCACAGUUCGGAAACUUCGGAAGACGUUUGUACUUCAAUCUCUCCUCCAUUCCUACCAAUGUCAAUAUUACCCGUGCAGAGAUGGUCUUUUCUUCCCCCAAUUCAGACACAGAAAUAAACGGGAUAACAAUACAGGAUAGUGACCCCGCGGCAGUGUUACAUGGUAGUUCCACAAGUUCCGGCUACAAGAUUGAUGUAAGUGAUGUACUUGAUACCGAAAUUUCCAGUGCUCAUUCAAAUUUGGUCGUAAACGUACAGCUCCAGCAGCCAACCGACGUCCGCUUCCGGUCUCGUGAUCGGCGGGUCCAACGUCUCCGGCCAAUGCUUGCAGUAUUUGAAAACAUUGAUACAGAACCCUUCAUGAGAACAAACAGCCAUGCACGUGAUCGUAGAUCCAGUGAAACUGAUGGGGAAAAAAUGCCAGGCACAUCAACAGAAUCCGACCGUUGCCACCUCCAGCCCUGGAUUCUUGAAUUCAGUAAGAUUGGUUUACAAAGUGUCAUAUUUCCGACUUCUUACGAAGCAAACAUCUGCGUUGGGAGUUGUGACGUAUCGGUUUCGGAACCCUCCAUGCAUUCAACAAAUUAUGCAUACAUGAAGAAUUUGUACCGUAAGGUGAUAGAUUACACAAUGACAAAUUCAGUACCGACGACAUGCUGUACCCCAAUGACAUACCAACCUAUCAGCGUCAUCUAUCUGGACAAAUCGAGCGAUUCUCUUGUCGUGGAACGAGUUGAAAAUAUGAAGGUUUCCUCAUGUGGCUGUCCAUGACAAAACGCUUUACACAUUGUACCAGUUUAACACUUGAAUAUGCACCAUAUGUGUAAGAUAUAUCCAUCGAGCAUUCAAUUGUAUAGGUCAACGUUUGCAUCACAAAAAUAAUAUCGGUACCGAGUUACCUACGUGUGGGUAAAAAAAUGCUCUUAUCUCUAGUUUUUUAUAGGAAAGUGGCGAGUCCGAGCAAUUAAUUUAUUUCCUAUACAGACUCACGCAUGGAUGAAAUACCUUAAAUUCUGGCUUGGCAGUGACGAUUUAAUUUGUUGAGAUAUUACAUAACACUGUAUAGCUUUUUAAGCUAACGAACAUUUACAUGUCUUUAUGUUUGCAAGCAUGAAUAUAUCGGUAAACAUGUCUUACAUUACCUAUAAGUAAUACGCAGUAGACAGGAAUGCGGUAAGAACUUGACCUCAAUUAGUUAACACUUGAUUAAUACAUAUCAAAACACUUUAAGCACCGAACUGCUUGGCAAGUGCCAACUCGACAAUGGCAAAUUCAACAUGAAUCGCGCGCAUAAAAAGAUAGUGCGUAAGAUAAUAGAAAACCACACAAGAUUAUUCAACGUUAUAUAUUAUGAAAAUACAAAAAAAUAAACUGUCCGUCUAGUUUUUCAAAAAGAAAACGUGUACCUAAUGAUUGUUUCCGCAACUGAGCUGUGCUUCACGUGGCACAUUAUUGAUACCCGCGGGCGCAGUCUAUGAGAUGGUAAUGUUGUUGGUAAUGUUAUAUGUGACAAUGUCAUAAAGUGAUAAAUAUUAUUGCAUAUGCUAAGAAUGACGACCGUGUUUGAUGUUGCUUUCAUGUUGAUAAGGCUGUGUACUGACUUAAUACCAUAACAGUUUAUUAUAACAUUGUCAAAAAGAAAGUCACUUUUUCACAACAAGAAGAUGUCGUUAUCGAAUUGUUUUGGAUGAUAUUUUGCAAUAGAAAUGGUCUACAUGUAUAUAUAUGCAUUUGAAAAAAACAUUCAUACGAUUGGUCUUCCUCGGAUAUAAUAUUUUAAAUGAAAUUUGGAUUUCUUCGCAGUUGGUGUAAAAAAAAAAAAAAAAAAAAAACUUAUAUUAUCUUUUUCAUUUUUAUUUAUUUAUUUACAAGUAGCAUUUUGAGCUUCUAGACUGAUGUUUGCUCUGGUAUAAAUACAGAAUCUUAAAAACGUUUUAUAAAUCCUUGCCCGAUCUAGUCAUUUUCGGUCUCUACAAUGUUUUGAACGAUGGAAUGUAAAGAGUGUGUAUGUUAUUGAAUUGUAAACAUUGGAUGCACGAUAAUAUACCAAGAGGAACUUAAAUAUCAAUCCGUUACAAUGAGGCACUUUUUAAAAGUUCUAAGUCGUCCAGUCUAGUUGUAUCAGUUAGUCUCACUUAACUUCUGAGUACACGAGGCAUAAUACAACGUAAAGCACAUCCAAGGUAAAGGAAAUGUAUAAAGAAAUAUGUUACCAUUCGAAAGCUACAUAAAAAUAUGCGACAUGAAAGAAAAUGCGCGCAAACUUUACAUACAGACAGAAAAUGUUGGUUCAGUUACUUCAGAACUUGAAGGAAAUUAAUUGGAGAAAAUAAACAUUCUUCGACGAUCGGGGUGAGAAUCCUGAAUACCGAAACCUCGGGUUAUAGGCAAUCAAGAAACCAACACUCGAGUUGAGAUUUUCUUUGUUACGCCUUCAUGUUAGGGAAAGUAUAUAUUAGUCCACAUCACGCAGGAGUGGGAAUCUGCCCUGCAAAACUUACUGUGAAGUAACUAAACAUUACCUAUGGUGUAAAGAAGAAUAGGAAUCCUGUUUUGUCGUAUUACCAAGAAUGAGCAAGUUUUACAGUCCAUAAUAAUGUUCUUUCAUGGUAAAGAUUUGAAGGGUGAACUAAAGAUCGACUACCUUAGCUGGCAAGGUUUGCAGUGAAAUCUUGUUUCCUUAAAAGUGAUUUGUUUUCAUUAAAAAACAUAACUUUUAAACUACGUAUGACACAAUUAUCUUUAGUUGACGAUCUUCGAUUAAUGACUAAUGAUUUAGUCUUCUUUGGUGUCGUUCAUUAACAAUAUUUGCUUUGCUUGUUCACUACGUAUCUGAAAAAAGUAAAGAUAUUUAACUUCAAUUAUAUACAUCAUAUAUUUGCGUCAUAUUGAUGUUUUGUUUUUUCAUACAUAUUAUUAUGGAUCUAAUUUACUUUACUUGAUGUUGUGUAUUAACUGUCUCGUGUAAUGGUACAUCAUUUCUACAUUGCUUGGAUUACGUGUUUUAACCAGUUCUGAUGUAGAUAAGACUAUUACGUAUAAAAACAGCAGACAACAGAAAUAGUUGAAACUGUAAAAGGGAAUUGUCUUUAUCUAAAUGUUUUGGAUGAUUUGUUUUCCAAUAGAAGUAGUCAAUAUAUACAUGCGUUUGAAAAAUAUACAAUUUAUACAACUGGGUUUUUUCGGAUAUCAUAUUUCAUAAGGUAUCUGAGUUUCUUGUGGAUUUGCUUGGGAAAAAAACUUUUAUAUUCUCGUUUUUUUGGGUUUUUUUUUUUGUUUUUUUUUGUUUUUGUUUUUGUUUUUGUUUUUUUUUUUCUACAAUAAGCAUUUGAGUUUUUAAUCUGAUGUUUGCUCUGGUAUAAAUCAUGCAUCUUAAAAACGUUUUAUCAACCCUUGCCGAAUCUUGUCAUUUUCGGUCUCUUUUAUCUUUUAAACGAUGGCAUUUUGAGGGUAUAUACGUUAUUCAAAUGCGAUCAUUGAAAGCACGAUACCAUGCCAGGAAGUACUUCAAUAUCUUUCCAUUACAAUAAGGCACUUUUUAAAAUGUUAUGAUAGUAUAUUUAGUCCCCAUAUAUCAUUUAUAACAAUCUAUAUUUGUACAGAUAUAGAGCAAAAUAUGUUUUCACUUUGUACAGUAGAAUACGUCUUGAACAUCUUUUUUUUAUCUACGUAAUGAAAUUAACCACGAAAAAUGUUUGCAAUGUUUGUUCCAUCCGUCACUAAAUAACAUUAUGGCAGCGGUGCUAGCUGUAUGAGGAACCAACACUUGGAUAAAGAAAAACAAAUCAUAUAACAUAUUGCUUUAAUUUGCAUUUUAAUAUAUUUUUGUUCUAAGCUUAUUAUACCAAAACCGCAUGAACGUUGAAUAAAUAUCAAUUUCAGGAAAUAUAUUUUAGUUUUGUGUAUGCCAAUUGUAUUGUCCUGACUUUUCGAUAUUUCCCAAGUAUGGCCAGAACGAAACCGCUGGAGGAUGUGGUUCAGCGUACUGUUUAUAUUACUAAUUCAUAUUUAAAGGCGUCUUUCACUUCAACAGUCAUGUCAUUCUUAAUAAUGACGCCUUCAUUU